GAAGGGAGACGAACCACCGGGAGUGCGACCCGACCCGCGGACAGAUCAAAUCGAGACAGGCAGGGCAGGGAGCUUGCUGAGAGCUAACCGAGGUGGACUGGGCGAGCGAGAUGGAGUGGACGACGGUGGAGACGGGGGACGGCGCGAAGCUGAGCGUGCGGGUCUUCAAGCCCCCCGCGUCCGGGGAGGAGCCCGAGGCGGCGGGGGACGUGGCCGUGGUGAUGGUGCACCCCUACACCAUCCUCGGCGGCGUGCAGGGCCUGCUGCGGGGGAUGGCGGAGGGCGUCGCGCGGCGGGGGUACACCGCCGUCACCUUCGACAUGCGCGGGGCAGGGCGGUCCACGGGGCGGGCCUCGCUCACGGGCUCCACCGAGGUCGGGGACGUCGCCGCCGUCUGCCGGUGGGUCGCCGAGAACAUCAAGCCGCGCGGCAUCCUCCUCGUCGGAUCCUCCGCUGGGGCACCAAUUGCAGGUUCUGCAGUUGAUAAGGUUGAUGAGGUGAUUGGUUAUGUUAGUAUCGGGUACCCAUUUGGUCUUAUGGCCUCAGUUCUAUUCGGCAGGCAUCAUGAUGCUAUACUUAAGUCUCAAAAACCAAAGCUAUUCAUCAUGGGAACCAAAGACGGCUUCACAAGUGUCAAACAGUUGCAAAACAAGCUCAAAUCUGCAGCUGGACGGGUUGAUACACACUUGAUUGAAGGAGCUGGGCACUUCCAAAUGGAGGGGCCUGCUUUCGAUGCCCAGAUGGUAGAUCUUAUUGUUAAAUUCAUUAAUUCCUUGCCAAAAUAGAAUUUACUGUGAUUGUAUGAGAGUUUUCAAAUUGUAGUGAUGAGCAGAGCAUGGUAUUUGGUUAGUGCCAUCAUGGUGUAUAUUUUUUUAUGUUGCACAUGUGCACUAUCUGUUGUUUCUGAAAUUGUGUACAGUUGUACACCGUGUGUUGUAUUCUAAUGUAAUCUGUUUUUUAUUUAAAACCGAUGUAAUCUUGACUUUGCAAUUUAGGCGUUAUACAAAAAUCUCAUCUUCAUCAUGA